GUGUGGGAGCCGCAGGCGGAGCGAGUCAAGAAAGACGCAGUGGCAGAGAGCCAGCCGAGAUUGAAGCUUGUUCACUGCACGAUCAACUUCAUUCGCGGCGCGCAGCAGCUUCUUGGCAAGAGCGUGAGCACGAAUGUCUCGAGCAGAAGCGCUGAUGUCGCGGAGAAGACGUCGAGCAGGAGCUCGCUGGUGUUUGGAGAGCUGACGAGAUCAAUGGACAGGUUGCUCGAGAUCCUGAAGAUUUGGUUCAGAUACAACAGGAACCGGUACUUGCUUUUGUCAACAGAAUUCCAGGAGCUGGAGCUGAAAAGCAAAAGCUAUGACUGCGGUGCGGGCGUCACCAUUCAUGGCUGGCGGCAGGUCGCGGUCGCGGUGGGGAAGCAGGAGUUGGGCAUUGCAGUCGGUUGCGGACGUGGAGGUGAACUGCAAAUGAAGGAAUCUUUUCCAGUGGAAACGCAUUUUGAG